AUGAAGUUGUUUAAACCCGUGCUGGCGCUUCUGAAGAAGGACGCGUUCUCGGAGGCUUUGGUUUUGGCGGGAGACCUUGCAAAGACCGUUAAACACUAUAAAAUACACGUUCUUAUCGGAUUCUGCCACUUUAAAAUGGGAAACAGCGAACUUGCACUGACCGCAUAUAGAGAGGCCCUUUCCCUUGCGGAAACACCCGAGGCCUUGGUCGAGACCCACCGCGGAAUUGCAAAAAUAUUUUUGGCCUACAACCCCGCAUUCAUAGACGAAAAAACAGCCCGGGAGGCGGAAAACACCAUGGAAAUAGCCCUCUCCGCGGGCCCAGCCUCGCCCUUCGACUGGGAAAUGGUCAGCUUUCUCUUGGAGCUGCACCUGAACAACGAUUUGCAGAAGUUUCUGCCUGCCCUGGAAUUGUAUCAGCCCGCAGAUUCUGACUCCUGGACCAGGAAAUGCGCCCUGAAAAAGCUGCAGGCUUUCCACCGGCAGGUAAAAGUCUUUGCAGACGCAGGGAACUUUUUCAGGGAGAGGGGCGCAGUCAGGUCCGCUCUCCGGAAAAUUGUUGCAGAAUUCGCGGACGUGGAAACUCUCUGGAGCACCGUGGAGGCAGACCCUGGAUUUUUCAGGCACGCAGCAAACGAGUUUCUCUUUUUCCUGUACAUCGCCGUAUACUGCGACGGGAGAAAGCUCAGCGACUUCUCCCACCUGCUACUCGCGAUGCUGAAGGCAGAGGUCAACGUCUCAGAGCACGCCCUGGUCUUUUCCGUGGUUUCUGACUUCCUGGACUUCCCCGUGGAGGAAUCCCUGAAAGACGCGCUGAAAUCCGUUAUGUACAACACGCUCUCGCCAACGGUAAUGCUCCUGCGCGGCCCGGAGAGGCCAGCCCUUCUUGAGGAGGCACUUUCAGCCUGUUCUGUCGCGGAGGAAGAAACAGGACUGAUGCUUUCCGCGAAAAAAGACGUCCUGAGAGCGCGCGUGCACCUUCUGAACGAAAGCAUUUACACGGACAGAAAGUUUCCCGGGUACUCCGAGGCCUCAGAGCGCGUGCUUGGCGUGCGAGCUGCAAAAAUGCUUUUGGAGGCCGGACUUUCCUGCAUGAACGUGCAGGGCCUGGAAAGUGUCCUGCAAGGCACGCCCUGUUUUAUCCCCGCGUGCGAGCUCGAGCGAAUUUGCACGGAAAAUGCCCCGGAAAAUGUCGCAAAAAUUCUUGCUGCAGAGUCUGCCAGGCGCACGCCCGUCUCUGAGAAGACAGAAAAAAACAAAAAUGUGCACAGCCUCAAUAUACAUUUUUCAGAUAGCAGUUCCCACGGGAAUAUACAAAGUAUAGGCGUGAGCAGAAUGAAAAAUGAAAAAGUGCCGAUUUUGCAGCUGCUCUCCCGUCUGUGCGAUGCGCCUCCGUAUAAAGAGUAUUUCCAAAAAUACGCCGUGGACAGCGUAAGCACCGUAUACUUCGUGCGCGCAGUGGAAAUGCACAUGUGCAUUCUGCAGAAGCAACCAGAGACUGUACGCGCGUAUUUAUCCGUAAUUUCCCCGGAGUUUGACGCGUUUGCAGAGUAUGUUCGCAGGACAGGGGAAGAUUCUGCGACUUUUUCCGAGCUGUGCGCGUACUAUGGGUUUCUGUGGGAGUGCUCCCGCGAGUCGCUCUUUGCAAAUGCCUGCCCGGAGAGUGCUUUUUCUCGGCACAAGGCUGCCCUUUCAGCGUACACUGCAGGGUAUGCAGAAGCUGCUGUGGAGAUGCUCACGCGCCUGCACCGGGAAAGGCCGUACGAUUACUACGUGGCUUGCGACUUGGGGGCGAUUUUGCACGAAGUUGGGGGAAGCCUCUCCCUCCUGGACGAGUACCUGCGAGUUGCUGAAAACCUGCAGGACACGGGCCUUCUGCGGGCAAGCCUGCGGUACCAUCAGAGAAGCGGGAACUGGGGCGUAGCUGAGAGGCGGUGCCAGGAAAUCCUCCUUGUGAAGGACUCGUACGCUGUGAAAAUGGCGCUGGCUGAGGCCCUUUCCCAGCAGAAGAAGUUCAAGUACGCGGUGAAAGUGGCUUCCGAGGCUGAAAAUGCGAUUCUUGCGCUCGGAAAAAGCACUUCCCGGGCAGGCGGGGAAGAAAGAAUCCGGUCGGACGGCCUCCUGCACCGGGGCAUCUUCGGAUCUGGCAGCAGAAAAAACCCGUCCGAAAAUCCAGAACUCCGUGGAGUGGAAGCAGAAGAAUCUCGCGAGAAUUCUGAGUCUGCAGGAGACUCUGCGGGAUACGACCUUGCGUGCCUGAAUACGGUGCGGCUCUAUUUAGUCUAUCUGCUCGCCUCCUCCGGGGACUUCGCGCGUGCUUCUUCCGUUGCAGGGCAGCUCCGAGAAAGCGCUCUCUCCCCGCACGAGUGCGAUCAGCUCCUGAAGUACGAAGUCUUCCUGCGAGCACACUCCGUGAGCACGGCCUCGCACACGGAGGAAACUCCCGACAUUUUGCGGAUGACUUCUCCGCACGCGGAAAUCAGGUUUGAAGGAGGCGGAGAUCCGUACAUUCUGUGCGAUGCGUACGUGCGAAGUGUCCACGGCCUCCUCACAGGCAAAGCAGCACACACGCGAGUUCUUGAGUGUUUUUCCAGCGAAGAUCCAGGGCUUCUUCUAACGGCCUCGCAGCUUCUUCUGUUUGAGAGCAGCGCCUUCCAGCGGGAGAGCGACCCAAACGUGCACGGGACCAUUUCGCAGGCGCUGAAGAAGGUGCACGUAACGGGGGAAAGUCCUGCCUCUUUGGAGACGGCGCUUCUUCUUGCAGUUGCUCGGGGGGAGGCAGUUUGCGACUUCUAUGCGGGAGACCGGCAGGCGGAAGCGAGUCCUUUUGCCCGGGCUCUUAUCGCGUUUUUAAGCGGGGAAGGCCUUGAUCGCGCUGUUGAUGCGUAUCUUCCGGGGAGCAGUGUCCUAGAACUUGGGGUUGUUUCUCUCUUCUCCCGGCACGUGUCCGGGGCUGUUCUCGAACGGGCUCGCCUGCACCUCUCGCGGGACAGCUUCCGGGGCGUGGGGGUUUUGGAAAAAGAAAAAAAUGCUCCCGAUGGGGAUUGA